UUUAAAUGUGGCGACGUCACUACAGCCUAUUAUUACAAAAGUUUGACUUGUAGGUACCUAAACCCUAGUGGAAAUUAUGAAAUAUAAUUCGAAUCCACCAAAAAUGUAUUGAAAUAAAAUAUUUGAUGUCUACUAUAAUACAGAUAGUUUUCUUUCUACUUUCAAUAGAAGUUUCAAAUUCAGUUCGUGUUUGACUCCCUACCAAGCAAGACGUAUGUAAUCGCAAUCGCAUUUUUAUCUUCCUACAGAACUGUACAACGCUCAGCGCUAAACCGCUAAAAGUCAUUAAUAUUCAACAAGAAAUAAGAGAGUUGGACGUAUUGUGAUCAAAUCAAUCAUUACAACAAUGGAGUCUUUAUUGCGAGAACAACUGCCAGAAAUUGUGAGCAAUGGCACGUUCGGAAAAAAUCUUAAAUAUUUGUCAUUUGAUUUGGACAAGGAUCACGUCGGACAGGAUCAGUACAUGUCAACAGUAUUAUUUGGUACAGUCACCACAUCUGAUGAAUCAAAACAUCGUGUUGUGAUAAAGUUAAAACUUCGAGAUGAAAAGAUGAGAAUUCAGUUCCAAAUCGACUUUCAAUUCCACAACGAAAUUGCCAUGUAUGAAAGAAUUAUACCAUUCUUCUUUGAAUGUCACCGCUCUAUGGCGGGUGUUGGGAACUUACCAACAUUGGCUCGGUUUUUAUACGGCCGUAAUAAAUGCGGUGAGUUUUUUGAAAAAGAUUUAAUAGUAUUGGAGAACAUCAAUCCUCUGGGAUUCCGAUUGUGCGAAGACCGUCUGUUCAUCGACUACAACCACCUCGUAAUUGCGUUACAAGCAUUAGCCAAGUUCCAUGGGUUGUCAUACACGGCGAAAAACAAAGACCCUGAUCGAUUUCAAGAAAUCAUUACGGAUAUCCGGGAUACACAAUUUGAUGUAGAUGGACAAUGGAUAUUUAAGAACAACGCAUUAAGUAGAUUCGGUAAGCGAGGAGUUGACCAACUGCUAAAACGUAGCGGUGACCUUUAUCGGAACAACGAGCACUUGCGACGCUUUAACGUGCUCAUUGGUGAUGGAGACAACUCGUUGAGGCGUGCACUCGUUCCACGAGAACCAUUUUCCGUCCUGUGCCAUGGGGACUUCAACCGGAACAAUGUGGCGUUCCGGUACGACGAGGCGGGACUUCCAGUUGACGUUUUGCUGUUUGAUUUCGGGACGCCUCGUUAUGGUUCGCCGGCGUUAGAUCUGUCGUUUUUCUUCUACAUGAACACGACGCAAAACUUACGUGAAAGUCGGUGGGAUGACUUACUGAACGUAUAUUGCUUGACUUUGGCGGAAUCCGUAGCGUCCAGCGUACGCGUUCCGAACAGGGCCGAACUUGACUCUGAAAUGGCCACGUUUGCUUAUUAUGGCUUUGCACACGCAUCAUUUUUCUUACCCUAUCAGUUAGAAUCGAAUAUCGUUGAUAAUGAGGGAAUGGACGAUGAAGAAACUUUGGAGUGGUUUUUACAGCAAGGUGGCGACAUUGGGUCAGGUUUAGUGGCUGACAUUGUCCAACACAUCGUCGACAUGGAGUACACGAACCUGUGACGUGGUUCUUAGUUUGUUUGAUUGCUAGAUACAGAUCACUAUUGUACUAUAUUAUAAAUCAAUGCUGCUUUGCCGAUUUGGUGUUCAUAUUUUAUCUUUAUUAUAUUAUUAAGUCAUUCAUUAAAAUGUACCAAUAUUAUUUUAAUAUUUUAUAAGUAUUUUGUAUAUAAAUAAUAAUAUGUAUGUAAAUAAUUGAUUUUUUAACAAAAAGGAUUAAAAUAAAUUAAUAUAAUUCAAUCAUAUG